GAGACCUUCUGCUCGCUUUGAUCAGAUACCAACGUGCGUGCGUGCUCAUCAAUGGCGAUCCUCGCCGCUGCCGCAGAGAGCAGCAGCAGCAGCAGUGCCAGCAGCCAUGCCCACCAUCCGCAACAGCAGCAGCAGCUCAAGCCCGCCACCACCGCCAGCAAGCAGUCACCGUCAAAGGCAUCGGAAGCGGAGGAGGCGAACAAGGGCGUGCGGCACCUGUGCGAGCGCGGCGUCACGUCCCUCCCGCCGCGCUACGUCCUGCCGCCCUCCGACCGCCCGGCGCCGGCCACCGCGCGCGCCAUCCCGGUGAUCGACAUGGCCCGCCUCCGCUCCACGGCCGCGUCGGAGCGCGCCGCGGAGCUGGCGCGGCUCGACGCGGCGUGCCGCGACCUGGGCUUCUUCCAGGCGGUGAACCACGGCGCCGGCGGGAAGGCCAGGGCCAUGCUGGACGUGGCGGCGCGCUUCUUCGCGCUGCCGUUCGAGGAGCGGGCGCGGCACAUGUCGCCGGACAUCCGGGCGCCGGUGAGGUACGGCACCAGCUUCAACCAGCUCAACGACGGCGUGCUCUGCUGGCGCGACUUCCUCAAGCUGCUCUGCAACCCCGCCAAGCUCCACCACAUCCUGCCAUCAUGGCCCCACAACCCCUCCGACCUCAGGGAGGUGAUGUCGUCGUACGCCCGCGCGAACCAGGGGCUGUUCCGGGAGCUGAUGGAGGCGGCGCUCGAGGCGAUGGGGAUCACCGGCGAGGGGGUCCUCGAGGAGCUCGACUGCGGGACGCAAAUGAUGAUGGUCAACUGCUUCCCGGCGUGCCCGGAGCCGGAACUCACGCUGGGGAUGCCGCCGCACUCCGACUACGGCUUCCUCACCCUUCUUCUCCAGGACCAGGUCAACGGCCUCGAGGUCUGUCAGGGCGACGGUGAAUGGCUACUCGUCGACCCCAUCCCUGGUGCGCUCAUCGUCAACGUCGGCGACCACCUCGAGAUAUUCAGCAACGGACGAUACAAGAGCGUGCUGCACCGGGUGCGAGUGAACUCAACACAAUUGCGGAUCUCGGUGGCGUCGCUGCACAGCCUUCCACCAGAGCGGGUAAUCGGUCCAGCGCCGGAGCUUCUCGCCGAUGGUACCCAACGGCGGUAUAUGGACACCGACCUGACCACCUUCCUCAACUACCUCGCCUCUGCCGAGGGGAAACACAAAACCUUCCUCCAGUCUAGGAGGAUCACUACGUAAUCAUCGAAAUCGACUGAGCUAACUAAUUGAUAGCGCUCAAACCGACCAUUGAGGAGGGUUAUAGAGGAUUGAGAUUGCCCAAGUGCAUGCCCUUAAUGAAUUAGGUUGGUUCAUUCCUGAUUUUUAGUUAUUUAAUUAUUAGUAAGAGCGUCCAUCAAUUGAUGAAUGUUGUUAUAUAUGUAUGUAUGGGACUCCCUACGCAGUUAGCUAGUGUUGUGACACACCCAAGUUGUACGUAUUGAUUUUGGUAUCUAUGUAUCUUUUUUGUUCGAAAGGGGCCAUAUCUAUGUAUGUGUAUAAUUUGUCCAUUCCA